CUAAAGUUAUAUCCCACAAAGAAGAAACCUGUCAAAAUCCUUGAUAGCCUUUCAGGGGUAAUAAAGCCUAAGAGGAUGACUCUUAUCCUUGGAUCUCCUCGAUCUGGAAAGUCAACAUUCUUGAAAGCUUUGUCUGGAAAAUUAGAUUCCACAUUAAAGGUCACAGGAAGAGUCACAUAUAAUGGACAAAUAGUGAACCAUAACAUUUCUCCAAGAGUGUGCACAUAUAUUGGCCAACAUGAUCUCCACCAUGCUGAGAUGACUGCACGAGAAACAUUGGAGUUUUCUAAAGAAUUGUUGAGUGCUGGAGAUGCAUUUGAAGCGUGGAAAGAGGAGACCGGAAGAGAGAAGGAAGCAAGCACAAAUGAUGAUAGAGAAACUAAUGCUGUUGCAAAGGAGCCUAGUUAUGCAAACGAAGAUGAAGGGGACUUUUUAAUCAGCUACAUUCUAAAGAUGCUCGGCUUGAAUGAAUGUGCAGAUACAAUAAUAGGUGAUGAGAUGAGAAGGGGAAUAUCUGGGGGUCAAAAAAAAAGAGUUACCAUCGGAGAGAUGCUAGUCGGGUUAGCACGGGGCCUUUUCAUGGAUGACAUUUCAACUGGGCUUGAUAGCUCCACUACUUUUGAGAUUAUCAAAUUUCUUCGGCAGCUCACACAUUUUAUGGAGAUCACAAUGGUUAUAUCAUUGCUUCAACCACCUUUAGAGACAUAUGAGCUCUUUGAUGACAUUAUCAUUUUAUGUGAGGGUCAAAUUGCUUAUCAAGGACCAAGAGAAAAUGUUCUUGAAUUCUUCGAAACUAUGGGAUUCAAAUGCCCUGAAAGAAAGAAUAUUGCAGAUUUUCUUCAAGAGGUAACUUCAGAGAUGGAUCAGGCACAAUAUUGGGUGGGUAACCAAAGCAAAUAUCAGUACAUACCUGUCCAAAAAUUUGCAGAUUCCUUCAAUUCUUUUCUUGUCAGCCGGCUUCCUGACAAUGAGUUCCACAAGGCAUAUGGUCAAACAGACAAUGAUCAAAUGCUCAGACUAGAAGAGAGCUACAAAAUCUCCAAGUGGAAGCUAUUCAAAGCAUGCUUCUCAAGAGAAAUGCUAUUGAUGAAAAGGAACUCCCCAGUUCACAUAUUCAUGGCCAUACAGAUAGUACUGUUGGCUGUUGUGACUAUGACAGUUUUUAUUCGAACAGAAAUGAAACAUCACUCAGUAGCUGAUGGGAACCGAUAUAUGGGAGCAAUAUUUGCUGGAGUUGUGAUCGUCAAGUUCAAUGGUAUGACAGAAUUGUCAAUAAUGAUAAGAAGGCUUCCCAUUUUUUACAAGCAAAGGGCACAAUUAUAUUUGCCAGGAUGGGCUCUCCUUUCUUCCAUAACAGUCCUUAGCCUGCCCAUAUCAUUCCUUGAAACAGGUUUAUGGACAUGUUUAACAUACUAUGUAAUUGGAUUUGCACCUUCUGCAAUUAGGUUUUUGCAGCAGUUCCUAGCAUUUUUCUGUGUGCAUCAGAUGUCGAUGGGCCUUUUCCGUUUUAUUGCUGUUGUUGGAAGAACACAACUCAUGGCCAACACGCUGGGUUCUGCUACUCUUGUAGCAGUCUAUAUAUUAGGGGGAUUUGUCAUAUCAAGAGAUGAUAUCCACCCAUGGUUGAUCUGGGGCUAUUGGCUUUCUCCUAUGACAUAUGGUCAGAAUGCAGUAGCCAUCAAUGAAUUUCUUGAUAAAAGAUGGAGCAGGAAAGUUGACAACGGACCCAACAAUACAUAUACAAUUGGCAAGGCCAUUCUGAAUUCAAGAGGGAUGCUUGCAGAGUGGCAUUGGUUCUGGUAUUGUGUGGGAGUGUUGCUUGGCUUUGCUCUGCUCUUCAACAUGCUCAGUAUCUUGGCUCUAGAGUACCUCAAGGCUCCAGAUAAAAGUCAUGCCAUUACACAUUUUUGGGCCAAGGAUGUUAAGAAGACAGCUAAAAGUGACAAUCAAAGAGAUGGAAGGACAUGCAACUAUGGGCUGGCUCUACAAUUUCAGCCCCUAACCCUUGCAUUCAGCCAUAUUAGUUACUAUGUCGACAUGCCUAAAAAUCUGAAGGAACAUGGAGUCAGAGAGAAGAGACUUCAUUUGUUACGGGAUGUCAGUGGAGCUUUUAGACCUGGAGUGUUAACUGUACUAAUGGGGCUGACAGGUGCUGGGAAAACUACGCUGCUAGAUGUUCUGGCCGGAAGGAAAACUGCGGGGCACAUUGAAGGAAGUAUCAGCAUAUCAGGUUAUCCGAAAAGGCAGAAGAACUUUGCCAGGAUUUCAGGAUACUGCGAACAGACAGAUAAUCACUCUCCUUUUCUAACAGUCUAUGAGUCUCUACAAUACUCUGCAUGGCUCCGUCUACCUUCCAACAUUGAUGCACAUGCAAGAAGUAUAUUUGUAAAUGAGGUUAUGGACCUGGUUGAGUUAAGGCCAUUACAGAAUGCAAUGGUGGGUUUACCAGGAACAAACGGCCUUGCAGCAGAACAGAGGAAGCGGUUGACCAUGGCUGUCGAGUUGGUCUCUAGCCCUUCUAUCAUUUUUAUGGAUGAACCCACAACAGGGUUGGAUGCUCGGUCAGCAGCAAUCAUCAUGCGAACAGUGAGAAAAACAGUGGACACUGGGCGAACCAUUGUCUGCACGAUCCAUCAACCAAGCAUUGAUAUAUUUGAAGCAUUUGAUGAGUUGCUUCUGAUGAAGAGGGGAGGCCAGCUCAUAUACGGAGGGCCCUUGGGUUCUUUUUCUCGAAACAUGAUACGAUAUUUUGAAGCUAUUCCAGGAGUUCCAAAGUUCCGAGAUGGUCAAAAUCCUGCAGCUUGGAUGUUAGAUGUGACUUCUCCUACAAUGGAACAUAAGCUUGGCACAGACUUUGGAACAAUAUUUCAUAAUUCAUCCUUAUACACAGAGAAUUUACAACUAGUUGAUGAGCUGAGCAAAGCGCAAAGUAAUUCAAGGGAUUUGCAUUUCCCUUCCAAGUAUGCAAAGAGUUUUAUGUCCCAGUGUAUUGCUUGCAUGUGGAAACAGCAUAGGUCCUACUGGAAAAACCCAGAACACAAUAUAGUCCGUUUCAUCAUCACGAUUUCAACUGCACUUCUAUUUGGCACAGUCUUCCUGGGCAUUGGUUCUAACAUAACAACACAACAAGAUAUUUUCAACAUUCUAGGGGCGAUGUACGGUUCAGCAAUGUUUGUAGGCUUUGCGAAUGCCUCUAUAUUACAGCCUGUUGUGGGAAUCGAGAGGACCGUAUUUUAUCGUGAAAGAGCUGCUGGGAUGUAUUCUUCCAUGCCAUAUGCCAUUGCUCAGGUGGCCAUCGAAAUUCCUUACAUUAUAAUCCAAGUGUUUAUCUUCUCACUGAUUGUAUACCCAAUGAUUGAAUUUGAAUUUGCAUCAACAAAGUUCUUAUGGUUCAUGUUCUUCAUGUUGUUGAGCUUUAUCUAUUUUGUGCUUUUCGGGAUGAUGACAGUUGCACUCACACCAAACCAAGAAAUAGCAUCCAUUCUAUCCUUCUUCAUCUUUAUUAUGUGGAGUAUCUUCUCUGGUUUCUUCAUUCCUCGAACGAUGAUACCAAUUUGGUGGAGAUGGUUUUAUUGGGCCAACCCUGCUGCAUGGACUGUUUAUGGUUUGAUGGUUUCACUACUAGGAGAUGAUGAUGAUCUUAUUCAUGUUGCAGGGGGAUCAGACGAGACUGUGAAGAAGUUCCUUAAGGAAUACCUUGGUCUACAAGACAACUAUUUACCACUCAUUGUGACCCUCCACUUUGGACUGAUUAUAUUAUUUUUGCUUGUUUUUAGUGUCAGCAUCAAAUAUCUGAACUUCCAGAGAAGAUAACAUCUGAGGCACUUUUUGUUUAAAGCAUCAGUUAACGUUGCUUACGUGGAGGGACAGCAUGGGUUGUAAUUUGCAGCAAUCUUGCAAGGGAAGAAACAGACUUAUUUUGGCUCACUUUCUCCUCAUUCAGCACUACUGCCCACAUAGUCUUCAUAUAAUGUGGGAGCAUUAGUUACAGCUAUAUUGGAUGUGGAAAUGUUGUACUUUAAAUGUAAGGCUUGAAAGAUAACAAAACUAUGAAUACCUGUAACAUAAUGUGAAUCUUAGAAAAAAAAGAUAGACAAAACAUUGUUCAAAAUGUAUUCCACCUGGAUCUGUAUGUAACAAUCAAUUUGGGGAAAAGAAAUCCUUACCUCCAA